AUGAAACUACUGGAAAGCAGCUGGGGAAAAGCUCUUGGCUUCUUCGCCGUUCUGGUCGCUGUCAUUGCAGCCGUUUUACACCAUAUAGAAAACAGCGAACGGACGAUAUACACCAGGUGAGAGGCAGAAGCUAACCAGCUAGCUUAGCUAGCUAGCUACUCGAACUACACUGACAGAUUGUUGACAGUUUACCAUGUCAGUCUGCAAUCAGGCUUGGGAAUGCUAGCAUGUACAGUAACUAGCUACUGGUACUAGCUAUUAGCCUACUGGUCUGUUUUACAGCUAGUUGUAAUGCUGAGUGAUUGCCUUUGAGGGAGGCUUGCAAGAAAGGUUAAUUGCUUUAUUUAGCUUGCUAGUUAGCUAGCUAGCGUGGAACCCCUUAUAAUCGGCAUAUUCAACAGCGUUUAAGAAAUAUUACCUUCAACAGUGUUAUCUUGUGAUCAAGCCAUCAAUAUUUUGUAAUAAUUGGUGUCGUAAAAAUGUUAGUUAACGGGUUAGCAAUUAGCAUGUUUGACAUUUCAGCGGAAAUACUAUUAUCAUAUUUUUGAUAAGCGGUUUAGCAUAUUUUAGACAUGUAUUUUUUUUGUACAAAUAAAUGAUUUCAUAUGAACACAAACAAUUAAAUCUCGACCUCCAUCCCUAUAUUAUCACAAAAAUCACAAUAAAAAUCCAGCUCCACCGCUACCUCUGGAUCCCACUGCACACACCUGCAGUGGAACCAGUGCUGGCAGAAGUCACACCACACCCAUGGCACCUUGGAUCUACACUCCUGAGGGGAGCUUGCAGGCGUAUCAUGCUCCCCGCAGCGAGCACAGCAGGUGGCGUCUUUUUUUAUAUAAAAUAAUAAUAAAAUUGAUUAACAUGGUUUUGCAAAAUUUAGAAGUUCUUCAACAACAAUAGUAAUUGAUACAACUGAGAGCCAGAAAAACAGAUUAUGAAGUACCUGAGAGUGGUGUACAGUUCUACAAAUAUAAAUCCCUCUACUUUCAUAUCACAUCCAAAUAAUUUCACAAAUGCAAAAUACACACUUACUGUACACGGUUUUAACACAGUUGCAGCCGACAGUAUUUGUCAGUGACAACAAGUUUGUGUCGUCUGUCUUCCGUUUACACACAGGGGUUCAGAGACGCAGAUAGCUAAUUAGCACAGGUAGUCCACUCUGUCUUCCAUCUGUUUUCCGUAAACAAGCGCUGUAAGGUGGAAAUAUGGCCGUGUGGGAACCCUAACCCUAUAAAGGUGUAUCAAUUUCACCUUUCACCUUUUUAUAUAAUUUCUCACCGAUAUGAAAGAUAAUCAAUCUCCUUAUGCUUCCAAAACCGUACCACAAGCAAUGCUUGUUAAUGAUCAAGGGCUAGGGCUGAUGUAGAACAGAGAUUAUUUAAAUAAAAGUACAAAUUCUUCAAUUAAAAUGCUAUACAUAAUUACAGCCAAAUAAUUUAAGGAAGGGUGGUCAUAUCAUUAACAAAUAUUCAUGCUUUAUGCAAAACUAGGAGAUUGUAACAAUUUAUGAAAUUAGAAUACAACUUUUUAUACUACUUUAUGCAAAUUAGAUACUUAAGAGACACACACACACACACACACAGCCUAAUGCAGACACACACUUCUCAGCAUCCCCAUACACUCACACAGCACCCCCACCAACACAUACACACACACACCACAUCACACACAGCCUAACACAGACACACACAGCCUAACAUAGACGCACACUUCUCACAAAGUCUGAACUGUAACACUGAAGGCUACUAGUCUAAUAAGAUAGCUUACUUCUAAGGUAGGCCUACCCUUGAGUUGGGUUACAUUGUAAUGUUAGUUUUGGUGUUAAUGAGUUACUCUGGUGAUGGGAGGAUAAACUGCAGCAAAUAAUUAGGCUAGGCACAGAAGAGACAGAGUGAGCUGCCAGCUGCUAGGACCAAUCCCUGACAACCCAUACAUCAAAACGUAGCUACGAAGCUCUACUUUGUGACCUGCAGCCUGCUAUAUUUUUUUAGUGUCUCUGAAAACAUCUGAUGACAGAAGUGAAGGAAAAAUGUUUUACCUUAUAUUUCAGUCAAAAUACGUCCGAUGACCGUGAAAUACCCUCAGGACUUUCCCAUACUUCUUGGCAAUGCGAUCUUACUCUGAUAGGUUGAGUAAUACCCAUCGCAAAGAGCAAAUAAGAACACACCGAUUUCGCGUUUUUCACAAAAAGGGCUGUCCCACAGAUUUGAACAUUCUUUGCACGGCACUUGCUUUACAUUUGGGCUCAUAUUGCGUAAAUAUCUUAACGUACAGUAUUGGGAUUUUUAGAAAUAGGUAACAACUGCCACAUGUAUGUUUUCAAAUGAUUUAUUAUGUAUUUUGAUGACCACAUUAUUGACAUUUAGUGAAAACAGUUUUGUUUACUGUGUUUUUGGUAGAAUUCUCAUAUAGCGUCCAUUGUUUGUCGCGUCACCCAACACCAUACCAUGAGCUUUGAAUAAACUUAAACAUUCAAUACCAUUUAAAUGUGUGUGCAGACUACAACAAAGCCUACAAGAAGCCUACAUCCAUUAUUCCAUUCUAAAGAUUGGCCUUGUGUAUUGUUCUCUGUCCUCUUUCAGGUGCAGGAGGUGGUGGACUUUGAGAAACUGGAUGACUACGCUGCAGCAUUCCAAGGGCAUGAUGUUGGCUACUGCUGCCUGGGAACGACCAAAGCCAAAGCAGGGGCUGUGAGUUCAUGGUCACUGAUAUAGAGACCCCUGUGUAUACUGUAACUGGAUGAGUACUCAUAUGAAUAUGAUAGGGAAUGUACCACCAGGGUCAUAAGAAAAUAAAGAAGAUUGACACCCACCAUCUCAGAUUUUUGUGAAAUAAUUGUUGUUUUUAGAAACAGAUAAAAUUAGCAUUCCUGCAACAUUCUUUUGUUUAAAUAUCAUUUGAUCUCAGCUAAUUGAUUGCAUCCAAAUUUGACAUUUUGAAUUUCUAGGAUUCAUAUAAUAUUCAAUAAAUAUAGUACCUAACAUCCGAUUUGGAUGAAAGUUUUUCUAACAAUGAUUUAUCCAAUGGUCAAAAGCCACCCACGGACACCCCACACCAAUCCCAUCCCAACGACAAGUACACUACCGUUCAAAAGUUUGGGGUCACUUAGAAAUGUCCUUGUUUUCGAAAGAAAAGCAAUUUUUUUGUCCAUUAAAAUAACAUCAAAUUGAUCAGAAAUACAGUGUAGACAUUGUUAAUGUUGUAAAUGGCUACUGUAGCUGGAAACGGCUGAUUUAAUGGAAUAUCUACGUAGACGUACAGAUGCCCAUUAUCAGCAACCAUCAGUCCUGUGUUCCAAUGGCACGUUGUGUUUGCUAAUCCAAGUUUAUCAUUUUAAAAGGCUAAUUGAUCAUUAGAAAACCCUUUUGCAAUUAUGUUAUCACAGCUGAAAACUGUUGUGCUGAUUAAAGAAGCAAUAAAACUGGCCUUCUUGAGACUAGUUGAGUAUUUGGAGCAUCAGCAAUUGUGGGUUUGAUUACAGGCUCAAAAUGGCCAGAAACAAAUAACUUUCUUCUGAAACUCGUCAGUCUAUUCUUGUUCUGAGAAAUGAAGGCUAUUCCAUGCGAGAAAUUGCCAAGAAACUGAAGAUCUCGUACAACGCUGUGUACUACUCCCUUCACAGAACAGCGCAAACUGGCUCUAACCAGAAUAGAAAGAGGAGUGGGAGGCCCCGGUGCACAACUGAGCAAGAGGACAAAUACAUUAGUAUUUAGUUUGAGAAACAGACGCCUCACAGGUCCUCAACUGGCAGCUUCAUUAAAUAGUACCUGCAAAACACCAGUCUCAACGUCAACAGUGAAGAGGCGACUCCGGGAUGCUGACCUUCUAGGCAAACACAACGUGCCAUUGGCACACAGGACUGAUGGUUGCUGAAAAUGGGCCUCUGUACGCCUAUGUAGAUAUUCUAUAAAAAAUCAGCCGUUUCCAGCUACAAUAGCCAUUUACAACAUUAACAAUGUCUACACUGUAUUUCUGAUCAAUUUGAUGUUAUUUUAAUGGACAAAAAAAUUGCUUUUCUUUCGAAAACAAGGACAUUUCUAAGUGACCUUUUGAACGGUAGUGUAUAUAAUAUCCGUUUUCUGUGUCUGACAAGUAAUAUAUUUCUAGUAGUAUGUUUGUUUCUUCAUCCUAUGUAAUGUAUUCCCAGUGAAUUUGGUGAUGUUUUUUUCCCCCUGCUCAGAUAAAUUAUUCAUUGAAGUUGUUAGGUUUAGUCCAAUCCUAUAUCCUGAUAUUACCAGGUUCUGACCACGAGAUGGUGCUGUUCCUGCUAUUAGGUGAAAAAAGUUAAGACCCCCCCCAUCAAUCAAUCAAUCAAUCAAUCAAUCAAAUGUAAUUAUGAAGCCCUUUUUACAUCAGCAGAUGUCACAAAGUGCUAUACAGAAACCCAGCCUAAAACCCCAAACAGAAAGCAAUGCAGAUGUACAAGCCAUGACACCCAAUGUUAAAGGGAUAGUUCACCCAAAUUACAAAAUUGCAUUGGUUUCCAUGGACCAAAUUACAAAUGUAGGUAUCGGUUUCCUUACCCCAGCGUUUCCCAAACUCUGUCCUCGGGACCCCAAGGGGUGCACAUUUUGGUUUUUGCCCUAACACUACACAGCUGAUUCAAAUGAUCAAAGAUGAUUAGUUGAUUAUUUGAAUCAGCUGUGUAGUGCUAGGGCAAAAACCAAGACGUGCAAUCCCUUGGGGUCCCGAGAACCGAGUUUUGGGGGGGGGGUUUAAAUCACCUAAUAGCAGGAACAGCAUCAUCCAGUGGUCAGAACCUGGUAAUAUCAGGAUGUAGGAUGGGACAUAAACAAUUUCAAUGACUAAUUUCUCUGAACAGGGAAGAAAAGAAACACCACCAAAUUGACUGAGAAUACAUUACAUAGAAUGAAGAAACAAUACUCAGACCACAGCUCAAUAAUACUUCUCAGACGUAGAGAACUGAAACUGUAUAGUCGUUGUUGGGUGGGGUGUGGGGGGUCCGUGGGUGGCUUUUGACUAUUUCUUUAGAUUCCUCAUGUCUUACUCAUUGUUAGAAAAAAGUUCAAAUCAGAUGUUAGAUGCUGUAUUAAUUGAAUGUUACAUGAAUCCUAUAAAUUAAAAUGGCCAAUUUGGGUGCAAUCAAUCAGCUUAAUUUCUCAGAUAAAUUUCAACAAAAGAAUGAUGCAGAAAUUCUACAUUUUUACAUUUUAGUCAUUUAGCAGAUGCUCUUAUCAAGAGCGACUUCUAACUACAGAAACUAUUUCAGAACAAUCUGAGAUGGUGGGUGUCAUGGCUUGCUGAAAUGACAUUGAACGACCCACCAUACACAACCUGCUUGGAUCAGUCAAAGGUGAUGAUUGUGGACUACAGGAAAAAGAAGAGGACCGAGCACGCCCCCAUUCUCAUCGACGGGGUUGUAGUGGAGCAGGUUGAGAGCUUCAAGUUCCUUGGUGUCCACAUCACCAACAAACUAUCAUGGUCCAAACACACCAAGACAGUCAUGAAGAGGGCACGACAGAGCCUAUUCCCACUCAGGAGACUGAAAAGAUUUGGCAUGGGUCCUCAGAUCCUCAAAAAGUUCUACAGCUGCACUAUCGAGAGCAUCCUGACUGGUUGCAUCACUGUCUGGUAUGGCAACUGCUCGGCCUCCGACCGCAGGGCACUACAGAGGGUAGUGCGUACGGCCUAGUACAUCACUGGGGCCAAGCUUCCUGCCAUCCAGGACCUCUAUACCAGGCGUUGUCAGAGGAAGGCCCUAAAAAUUGUCAAAGACUCCAGCCACCCUAGUCAUAGACUGUUCUCUCUGCUACCGCACGGCAAGCGGUACCGGAGCGCCAAAUCUAGGUUCAAAACGCUUCUUAACAGCUUCUACCCCCAAGCCAUAAGACUCCUGAACAGCUAAUCAAAUGGCUUCCCGGACUAUUUGCAUUGUUCCCCCCCCCCCCCCACCCCCUCUUUUACGCUGCUGCUACUCUCUGUUUGUUAUCUAUGCAUAGUCACUUAAACUCUACCUACAUGUACAUAUUACCUCAAUUACCUCGACUAACCUGUGCCCCCGCUGCUGCUCUUUAAUUAUUAGUUAUUUUUAUUUUUUACUUAUCAAUUUUUUUACGUAACACUUAUUUUUCUUAACUGCAUUGUUGGUUAAGGGCUUGUAAGUGAGCAUUUCACUGUAAGGUCUACACCUGUUGUAUUCGGCGCAUGUGACAAAUAAAAUUUGAUUUGAUGUUGUGGUCAAAGGUAGAUUAAUGUACACAUAUUUUCUCUUAUUUUUCUGUCAUUGUAGGAUGGAUUCAUCCGCGUUGACCAUGACUAUGUCCUGAAGUCAGCGGAGCUCGCCAAGGCAGGAGGCUGCUCACACUUCAACCUAGAGUCUUCUAAAGGGGCUGACAAAAUCAGUGGUUUUCUCUAUCUCAAAGUGAAGGUAAUACACAAAAUGUUCACCUGAGUAAAGAUACCUCAUUUAUAUCCUUUCAUAAUGAAGGCCUCUUUCAGCCUCUCUCAUAAAGCUAUUUGAUGAAGUGCUGUAUAUUGUUUGGUUAAUGCAAAUGUUUGCCUCUCCAGGGACAAGUGGAGGCAGAUAUCGAGCCGUUGGACUUCGAGAGAUACUCCAUCUAUCGCCCUGCGUAAGUCUAAUUUGCAUUAGUCAUGUGUAAAAAUGUCCCUUUGCAGAAAUGACUCACUUGUUCAUUACCUUAUCAGUCAUGGCAAAACAAAUAGUGUCAUGAUUAGCAAUAUACAAAUUUCUCCAGUGAUCACGAUGUAAACACAUAGUGUUCACUUUCAUUGCAUAAAUACACUUUGAGAUAUUAUGAUACUGUGUUUAUAGCUGUAACUUAUUUCACUCGUAACAACUCAUAACUGAAUUCUUGCUCUCUUUCUUGUUUUUCCUCCCAGGGUGCUGAUGGUCGACAGGCAGGAGAGCCGGCCUGCUGAGUGGUUUGCCAGGAAGGUCCUGGGCCCUAUUUCCUCCAUGUUUCCCACGGCGAUGUCCAUCCCCAUCCAAUCAGUGACCAGGGCCAUGUUGGCCAACACACUGAUCCCUGCAGGGGAGAAAGUGGAGAUCCUGGAGAAUAAAGCCAUCUAUGACUUGGGAAUGACUCUGUGGGAAUGAGUCCAAAGGGGAAUAUUUCCUUAUCAUGAAAAGUGCCAUUAAAGCUCUUCAUGGGUAAUGCAAAUAAGAUAUGAUUGGGAAAUUAUGACGUCAUUAUGAAUACUGAAAUCUGCCUUCUCUGUAAAGUCUUUGUAUCCCAAGUGCUUUUUCUGAGUGCAGACUAUUUUUGUGGUCAACAAGAAGGAGUUGGCUGAAGAGGAAACAGACUGGUACCGAGGCUAGAAUCAGUUUAAUAUAUUAGGUGAAGAGGGAAAUGUAUUUGACUGGUUCUUCUGGGUCCAUUACCUCCUCAAAACGGUUUAGUUAGUAGAAGCUCUGCCAUCCAACCUACAAGGUUCAUGCUAUUUUAUAUAAGACCACAUCCUUAACCACUUUGAAAAAUGAUGCACUUACUUGAAGCAAGAGUUUAUUUUCCACUAUACUGAACCAUUGGAGAGGGAUUUUAAGGCAAUAUGUCUGAGUUAUUUUAUUGUCUUUGAUCACUUUUGUUUUCUGAGCAAUGCUAAUCAUGUAAUUGAUUCAAGGGUUAUGUUGUUCAUACUCCUAU